UGAAAAUAUUAUGACUACGUGUCAACUGAUACGUAUGAUUAGACAUUACGCCAAUCAAAUGUUGUCCUACAUUUGAGUUGUGUUUAUUUUGCAACCAACUAAUGACUGGACCGAAAUAGAUAUUGAGAUGCAAAUGAGAAUAUAAGAAAAGCAAGAAAGAUGAAGGUAUAUAUAUAAUAAUAUAAUGUAAUGGAUGGUAUGAUAUAAUGUAACGAAUUCUAUAAGAAGGAAACAUGGUUACCUGAUAUAACUACUAGGCAAGCCAAGGGAAAAAAAGGAGGGUAGAUUGGUUGUUACAUUGCAAUUGCAUGCUAACACAACAACAUAUUUGAUUGUUUUUGUUUUGGUGUCUGUGUUGUUGCAACCUGCAAUCGCAACCGCAUGGGGAAGAAGCCGCCGCACCUGUCCGACAUAGAGGCGGCGCGAUAUCCCCCACCUCCACCGCCUAAUUUCUACAUUCCACAGCCUCGUUUGUGGUUCUCAUGGUUGGUGCCACUCAUUUUCUUGGCCAACAUUGCAAUCUUCAUCUAUACCAUGUAUGAAAAUGAUUGCCCUGCCUACUUGAACGACGAGUCUUGCCUUUUCUCUGAAUAUCUCGGCAGAUUCUCCUUCCAACCCUUCAGGGAAAACCCUCUCCUUGGCCCUGCAAUCCGCACGCUGCGGCUGUUAGGGGCCCUUGAAGAGGACCUAGUGGUGGACCAACAAGAAGUGUGGCGGUUCUUUUCCUGCAUGUUUCUUCACGCUGGAGUCGUGCAUUUGCUAGCCAAUAUGUUCAGCCUUCUCUUUAUAGGGGUUAGGCUUGAGAAGGAAUUCGGAUUUUUGAGAAUUGGACUCUUAUAUGCGCUUUCUGGUUUUGGCGGAAGUUUGCUCUCCAUUUUGCAUUUGAAAGAGAACAAGUCAAGUACCGUAUCAGUUGGUGCAUCUGGUGCACUUUUUGGGCUUCUGGGUGCCAUGCUUUCUGAGCUUCUAACUAACUGGAGUAUCUAUGCAAAUAAGUGUGCAGCUCUUACAAGCCUAUUGAUCAUUGUUGGUCUAAACUUGGCUGUUGGAUUUCUACCUCAUGUGGACAAUUCAGCUCAUGUUGGAGGGUUUUUGUCAGGAUAUUUCCUCGGUUUUGUUCUCUUAAUGCGCCCUCAAUAUGGAUAUGUAAAUCGCAAAUAUAUACCUCCAGGAUAUGAUGUCAAACGUAAAUCAAAGUACAAAUGGUAUCAAUAUUUCUACCUGUUCGUGUCACUGGUCAUUUUACUUCUCGGAUUUGCAUAUGGCCUGGCUAAUCUGUACAUAGAAAAUGCAGACCAAAGAUUUCCCUUCCUAGAGAGUUAUCCAAGAUGAAGGGUUCUGACUGCAGAGUCAGUUCCUCAGUUUGCAUGAACAAACUGAAAAUAUUCCCUUUUAGAAGCGUUUACGACAGUGCAUACAUGUCUUACAGAAACAGAUAAUGAAAGCUUUGAGACAUCUGCAUGAUUUGCAACUGCUUCUGAGAAUUUUGGUUUGAAAUUCUUUCUUCUUUCGAGGUACAUGAUUGUUUAUGCUAGAUUCAGAAGAAAAGUCCAAAUUCCAGUACUUGAAAAUCCACAAUACAUGUAUUUAUCUACUUGGCUUCUUGUAUGGAUAGAAGAAAUUCUUGAAUGCUGACCAUGUGAAAUAGUGCUCCCAAGUGUAUUACCAUCAUCACUUAUUCAAAAUUGUUCUGUCUUUUACUUCCAGAAUCAGCUGUACGUAGAUCUCAUUACAACUGAAUCCAAAAACAAUGAAUAUAGUUCUUCAUUUUUUUU